AUGGCUCAUGCCAGGUUUGCGCUAUCAUGUACUGCGCUUCUGGGAUGGCUGGCGCGGGGCAUCAUGGAUCCGGACGAGCAGGAGAAGAGGCUGGCAUGGAAGUACCUCGAUUGUUCCAACUUGGUCGACGAGCGCGACCGGCGCGUCGACUGGCCGUGGUUCCGCCAGCACUUGCUGCAGACUCCGUACCCAGACAACAUGGAUGCAGUUUUCACCGUGUUGAACAAUCUGGGCACGGGCAGUAGCAAUCACUACGACGAGGAGGCACGCGUGUGCCUCAUGGGAGUGCCGGCUGCAUUUUUCUAUCUCACCCGCUUCACGCUGGACACGUCUUGUGCUCAGCCACUAUCUGCUUGGGCCUAG